CAUUCGUCGAUCUCUAUUGUUUCGCUUUCCGGUCGGACUCUGCAGGGGUCUACUAAAAAAUGUAAGUGAGGUGUAGGCAGGCAGAUCAAGAAAGUGUUCGACAGAUGAGAGUGAUCUAGCAGUGAAACGGAUCAAGAACUGCUGCAGAAUGUUCUGUUGGGGCAGUACUAUUCAUGGAGAGCUAGGAUUGGGCGGUAUUGAAGAUGAGAAUAUUUUUAUGCCAAGAGAAGUGGAUUUUAUAGAAGCCAGCAAUGUCGAGCAAAUUGCAUGUGGAGAAAAUUAUACCGUAGCUAUUACAAAAGAAGGUAAAGUGUAUUCCUGUGGUAAUAACGACUAUGGACAACUUGGUCACGAGAAGGCGAGGAAAAGGUUACAACUGAUACCUGGCCUAGACGCAUUUGUAUUCAGAAAAAUAGCGUGUGGUAAUUGUCAUACUCUGGCUGUGAAUGAAUGGGGACAACUUUUCAGUUGGGGUUGUAAUAUGAAUGGUCAACUAGGAUUAAAUAGCGUCGAUUGUACAGAGCGUGUUCCACGUAUGAUUAAAGUAUUGGGUACAAAUGUGAUAGUGCAGAUUGCUUGUGGUACAGAGCAUUCAAUCGCUCUAACUAACGAUGGAGAGCUGUAUGCGUGGGGUAGUAAUAGAGAGGGACAAUUAGGAUUAGGGUCAUACACGACGACUGAAAUAAAACCAAAAAGAAUUUCUACUUUAGCUGCCGUACCAAUUGCAUUUAUCGCAUGCGGCGGUUAUCACACUAUAGUUAUAUCAAAAUCAGGAGCUGUAUUCUCGUGGGGGAGAAAUACUUUUGGACAAUUAGGACUAAAUGACGUACAACAGAGGAAUUUACCAUGUCAGUUACGUACUUUGAGAAACGCGAAAGUAUGCUAUGCGACAUGCGGCGAGGAAUUCUCAGUGUUUUUGACGAUGGACGGUGGAGUAUUUACAUGCGGUGCUGGAAUGUAUGGUCAAUUAGGCCAUGGGAAUACUACAAAUGAGAUUUUGCCGCGACAAGUUAUGGAGCUGAUGGGUAGCACGGUAACACAAAUAUCUUGUGGUAAAAGACAUACAUUGGCCUUAGUGCCGUCUAGAGGAAGAGUUUACGCUUGGGGUUUGGGAGGCGCUGGACAAUUGGGCAAUCGUGCUUCACAGAGCGCUACCACACCGCAAGUCGUUCUAGGACCUUGGUCUUCGCCGAGUGGAUCAUCGGUGAUGCUCGACCUACACUAUAGCCCUCAAAUCGACUGUGUUGUUAAGCACAUCUUUAGUGGAGGCGAUCAUUGCUUUGUUACUAUCAGUCAUAAAAAAGAUAAUAUAGAACCGAGCGACUGUAGAAUAUUAGGACCGACUUCCCAAAUUCUUACAGUGAUGGAGGAAAAGCUAGCCGAAUGUCAGAAGAUCCCACCAGGUUCACCAGUGAAUCAUGAAUUAAUGACGUAUCUAGAAACUGUAUUCAAAAGUCAAGCGUGUAUAAAUGCAUCCUUUUUGCUCAGUAAUGACGCGCAUUAUGGAUGUUCGAGCAAGCAUCAUGGAAUCAAUAUCGACUACACUAUCAGAUUAUUUGGAAUUAUCUCAGAACUGGACAACAGCACAAUUCAAGAACUGAUUUUUGCAUGUGUAACUGAAAGUCUGAUACCAUCGUUUGUUGACUCUCCGCCCGAUGUGGAAUCCUUAAGAGUGUACUUAACGCUACCGCUAUAUCAUCGCUUCGCAAAUCUGUCCAACUAUAGCUCUUUGCAAACGCCAUUCUGUAAGGCUGUAUUGAAAUUGAAGGCUGAGGCUUGUAAGAUCGUAGGCAUGUGGUGGAGUUCAGCCCCUCCAUACUACUUCGAGAGACUCGUGAGAAUGUACAAGUCUGUGGUGCUGCACUUUGUGAAGCAGUCGACGGCGGAUAAAGCCAUCAUGUGGACUGAAAGCUUGCAAUGUGCUUUACAACUACUAGGACUAUUAUAUAAACUAAAUAUCAUAGCUGGUAUACGAGUACCCCACGAGACUUUCCACUUAUCAGAAUUAUCGGAAUAUGUAGACAUUGCUCAUGAAUACUGCAAAUGGCUAACAGAAGAAGAUCGAUCUUUUUACCAUAAAAUAUACUUCUGCAAUUAUCCUUUUCUGUUUGAUGCCGAGGCGAAAACAAAGUUGCUCGAAACCGAUCAAUCUAUACAGAUGCAAACCGCGAUGAAUGAAGUGGCAUCACGAGUUGUGAGAGAUAUAAUGCUCGGAACACCUAGCCUAAACUUUCAACAGUAUAGUCAAUUUGUAAUAUUGCACGUAUCACGGAAUAACAUAGUCAAUGACACUCUGGAUCAACUGCUGAAAUACGAUUCUAACGAGUUAAAGAGACCACUUAGAGUUAAAUUUCGUGAUGAAGAGGCUGAAGAUGUGGGUGGCGUGAGGAAAGAGUUUUUUAUGCUUCUCUUCGCAGAGAUUCUCGAUUUUAAAUAUGGUAUGUUUCAAGAAUACGAAGAAACAAGAACAAUUUGGUUCAGUUCGGAUUCGUUAGAAGAAGAAGUUAUGUAUUUUCUAAUUGGCGUUCUCUGCGGCUUGGCCAUUUACAAUUUUGUAAUUAUCAACUUACCAUUUCCACUGGUCAUGUAUAAGAAACUUUUGGGAGAAUCGGUCGGGUUAAGUGAUAUCAAAGAAAUGUCACCCACAAUAGCUAGGUAUUUCGUUCAUUCCCAAAACCGUACACGUUAUUUAUCACAUAUUAAAUUAAUUAUCAAUGAAUAUAUGCAUUGCAGAAGUUUAGAAAGUGUUCUCGAAUACAAUGAAUCGGAUUUUGAAGAAGUAUACGGUUUGUGCUUCGAGAUAAGUAGAGAAGUGUUUGGCGAGCUGAAGAACUUCGAAUUGAUACCCGGCGGUGAUAAAAUUCCUGUAACAUUAAAAAAUAAGCAACAAUACGUUGACCUUUACGUGGAUUAUAUAUUAAAUAAAUCAAUAGAAACGCAAUUCAAAGCGUUCCAUAAAGGCUUUCAUAAUGUGUGCGGUGGAAGGGUGUUAGAGCUAUUCCGUAGUCACGAAUUGAUGUCGCUUCUCAUUGGCAAUGAGAAUUAUGAUUGGGAAGAAUUGGAGAAGAAUACCACUUAUAAGGACUGCUAUUCCAAAAAUCAUCCUACUAUCAUGCUCUUCUGGCAGGUCUUUCAUGAAUUGCCGUUGGAGGAGAAGAAGAAAUUUCUACUUUUCUUAACAGGCAGUGAUAGAAUACCUAUACAGGGCAUGAAAGCUAUAAAAAUAACGAUACAGCCAAUGACUGACGAACGUUUUCUACCGGCUGCACAUACAUGUUUUAACCUUCUCGAUCUGCCGCGUUAUCAAACUCGUGAAAGAUUGAAAUACAAAUUGUUGCAAGCUAUCCAACAUAAUCAAGGAUUCUCACUCGUGUGAGAUCGUGAAGCGCCUAAACAAGCUCAAUAAUUAAUUAUAUAAUAAAAUGUAUAAAUCAACAGUGAAUUGAAAGAAUAUGCAAAUUUAAUAGUCUUUUAUUAUGAUAUAAUAAUAACCUAUAAAUGAAAUAUGAGAUGAACGCGUGGAAAAAAGUAACUUAAGUUUUUGACUAUCUGAAAAUAAAAAUGUCAUGCUUCUGACUUAAAUUAAACCGAUUAUAACAUCAGUUUUUAUCAUAUCAAAUUUAACAAUAAUAUUAUUUGAUAUGCACUUUGACAAGUAUUUAAUUAUUAUUAUAUGUUUGUCAUUGUAUAAUAUGAAAUGAAAAAACUGAAUAUUAACAUCAUUUGUAACUAGUAAUUAUCAAUCACGACUAAUGAAAAUUUCUUGAAUUUUUAUGCAGUGUAAAUUUUAUAUAUAAAAUAAUUAUGUUACGUAUAUCUUGUGUGCGAUAUUUGUUACAAAGAAAUUUUUAUGUAUAACAUGUGCUAUAUAGAAUGUCAUCGGUUAACCGUGAGGAAAGAAAAAUGCAUAAUGUUAAUUUAUAAAUAUACUUGAAAUAGUCAAGAGAGGAUGAUA